UGCGGCGCUGUCUAUGACCGGUCUAAGACUGGCUCUUGCCUUUCCGAGUGUGCUGCUGUACUCAGAUCUGUAGAGGGUUCUAUUCUAUUAAUUUGGGCCUCAUUGGGUCUUUUGUUUCUGAGAGGAAAGAAACGAAUUUACUCAUCUAAAUGGAUGCAAUACUGAAUUACAGGUUGGACGAUAGUGAAGAUUACUACACGUUGCUGGGCUGUGAUGAGCUUUCUUCGGUUGAACAAAUCCUGGCAGAAUUUAAGAUCAGGGCCCUGGAAUGUCACCCUGACAAGCAUCCUGAAAACUCCAAAGCUGUGGAGACUUUUCAGAAACUGCAGAAGGCAAAGGAGACUCUGACCAGUAAAGAGAGCCGCGCCCGCUAUGACCACUGGCGAAGGAGCCAGAUAUCGGUGCCGUUCCUUCAGUGGGAAGCUCUGACUGACUCGGUGAAGACGUCAAUGCACUGGGCUGUCAGAGAUAAGAAAGACCUGAUGCUGGAAGAAUCUGACCAGACCCAUACCAAGAAGAUUAAAAAUGAGGAAUGGAAUGAGCAAAGAGAAAUAAAGGAAGAGACACUGGGUCCAGCCACAGAGAAAAUGGAGCAAAAGAAAUCUGAGUCCCUUGAGAAGUCUGUCUAUCCACAAAAUCCAGAUUCUCCAAGUUUUUCAGAUGUGAACUCUUGGCAUUUUCGUUUCCGCUGGUCUGGGGAUGCCCCCUCUGAACUCCUGAGGAAGUUCAGAAACUAUGAAAUAUGAUAUGCCCUGCUUCGCCUGAGGGAGAGCAAGUCUGUUGCCUGUGAUGCUGGAAUAUUUUACGAUUGUUAUGCUUGUGAAUUGCUCAGUAUUGAUUGAUUCCUCCAACUUUGAACCCAUCCUCACAAUGUGGCUGUUUUUGGUACUGCUUUUGGUUGGGAAUUGAACCCAGGCCCUUGUGCGCGCUCUACUCCCCAGCUCCACAAUGUGUGUAUGUUUUGAAGUGUGAAAAGUUUUAGAAGACUAGUUUCUCUCAAUAAUGAAUCUAUUAAACUUCUUAUGUAUAAGUA